UCCCUAAUUCUCAAGUCUCAACCACCAACAAUGGAUGAUAGUUUCAGAGUUAGAGUUGACAAAAUCUUCGGCUCUCUUUCGUCAUCAACAUCUCCGAAUCUAAAUUCCUUGUGGUCCCUCACUGACGAAGAAAUUGAAAAGAAUGAGUGGAACCGGACCAAGGAAGAACCCGAACCCGAACCAAAGUCGUUCUUCGCUAACGUUCGACAGAAGAAGAAAGCGGAGCGGUUCAAUCCAGAGCUUGAGAAGGACCUGUUAGACCUGGACAAUGGUAUAGACGACGAAGCAGAGGCACGUGACUCACGUGCUUCGUUGAGCCGGUCUGUGAAGGGAGAUGAUUAUAACGAUGAAGAAUGGGAGAUAAAAUGCAAUAUUGGCUUGGAUUGUACGCUUGAUUACGAGGAAGAGGAAGACCAGUUUGACAAAGUGGCUGUUGGCGAGGAAAAGACUGGAGAUCGCUUAUAUAUGAAGGAUGUAAAUGACUAUGUGACAGAUGCAGAUUGUUGUGAUGAACUUCCAGACUCAGUAAAGGAUUUCUCUAGGGAUCCUCGUGCCAAUCAUAUUGCUGCUAAAAUUCGACUGAAAGAAGAUGCAGAAGCUGCAAAGAAAAUUGGCUUUUUACGGGUAUCUGAGCAAGAUGCACCUUCUGGUAUGGAUACUCAGAGUCAGAAUAACACUGAGGAGGGUAGCCUGAAACCAAUUCUGAAGAGGGGGGAUAACCCUUCUGAUUCAAAGCCUCGAAAGCGUGUCCGGUUUGAUUCCGAAUGUAAAGACAGAGUUGAUGAGAACACCAACAGGGAAGAAGCUAUGGUCUCAAAUGAAGCGUUUACUUCACCUCCGGAUUAUCCUUCUGGGAUUCCAGAUUAUAUGCGCAAUCCGUCCAAGUAUACUUGUUAUACUUUUGAUUCAGAUGAUAUCGAUGAUAAAUCUAACGCGCAAGCCUAUAUGGACUUCCUUAAUAUGGUAAAGAAAAAUACUACAGAAUCACCAGCAGAAGAUGAUUCCGGCGGUCUUCCCAAAACAGUUACUUUUAUUCCAAAGAAAAAAACAGGUGAUGCUACAAUGACAGAAAAUAAUACCAAGUCAAAGCAAAAUCAAGAUGAUACUAGUAAGGAGUCAACGUAUAAGAGAGGCUUGCCUAUAGGAAUUCCUGCUGCUGAUGAAGAAUAUGAUGAAGUAUGUGCCAUGGACGAAGAUGAACCAGAAACUGUUGCUAAUAAAACCGUUGGUUCACAAAAUUCAGGCCGCCGAUAUCGGAUGAAAGUCAAGUCAGAUUUGGAGUAGACUUGUUUACCUGAUGAACAUCCUGAUAAUUU